UAUUCAGGAGACCCCGGUUGAGCGUACUGGUUCUUAGCGAAACUGCUUUGCACCGAUGGAUAUGCGCUGUUCACGUUAGGAUUUUUGUACUUAUUCGCGUUGAUAUUUGCAGCAUUAAACAUGUUCGCUGCUGCCUGUUGGUUGUACCCAGCGUUGUAGCCGUUCAUAUUCUGCAUGUUGUUUCCAGCAGGGUAAUAGUUCGCUUGCUGACCGGAUGCAGGAAGAUUGUAUGAAUUCCCGUACCCUGUGUUGGUCAACUGUUGCUGUGGAACAGUUUGAAUACAACCGCUGUAAUUUCACACUAUGGACAUAUGCGGAAUUCGUUAUAUGUUCUCAUCUGUCUACGCAUUCCUUUCGUGUUAUGUAUUAUUCGUUACGAGUCAAGGAUUCGGUGGAUUCGGUUAUCCUGGAAUGUAUGGUCCAGUUCCCGGCGGUGGAAUGGGCGGUUCCGCUGGAUACAACGCAGGAUUAUACCCGCAAUCAACUAAGGACGACAAUUACGCCUACGCGCAAUCAGCAGCUGGAUCGGAAAAUAAGCCGCAGAUUGCUGGACGCACCGAGCUGGAAUGCAAUUACGACCGCAACACUGGACCAAUGUGCAAGCGAUCAAAAUUAAGCCCUUUUAUGUGUCACCACAACGAUAAUUACCCAGCGGACAGCGCGAAUUACAUAUCGGAAAACUACGGUUCGACAUUCAAAGGUCUUUCUGUGACGGAAGUGGAUGUGUGGGAUGUUUAUGAUGGACCUAUUGGGGAAGACAAGGACUCUAUAUGCGAAUCUGACAUUGAACUGGUCCGACCCGGAUAUGCUAAGACUAUCAAAGAUCAGUGGCGAGCUGUGCUCCAGCUACCGGAUGUGACCCAAACGGUCCGCGUUGAACGAUGCCUCCGACCCAAUACACCGUGUCGACACGUGCCCGGAUGUUAUGAGACCAACUGUAAACAGCGCUACAGCUACGUGAGACUACUGGUGUUUGAUCCGUGCAACAAAUUCACCGGACCAUCGUAUGAAAUGUUCCGCAUACCAACAGCGUGUGACUGUCAAAUGUCACCCCCGAAAAAGAACGGCGGAGGCGGAAUGUUCGGUGUGCCCGGCAUCCCUGACUUCAUUUCCAACAAUCCCGACGUGGCCAACUCCAUGAAGAACGUUGAUGGUGCCGGCUUUGCCAAUAUACCAUCCUCCUCCGGUGCCGGCUUAAGUGGACGGCGGAGGUAGUACGUUCAACAGAAAACGCAGUAUUACAUGACUUUAGCAGUUUAGCUCCUAACCAGUAAGUACGUUACCUGAUUAAGCAAAACCUCGCAUAAGCAACAGUUGCUGAAGACACCAUUGAUAUACUCCAGUUGACCUUAAUUAAGUGCCAUAAUUGUGUAACUAUUUUUGUUGCUAUUUUUCAUUAACGUUUUUUGUUACAAUAACAAGCUCAUCAAGAUAAAAGUGAGAAACGAAAAAGACAAGAUUGGAAUGAUUGGAAUGAGGUUGUUUCUCUGUUUAUUCAUACAUGUAAAAAGCUAUUAAAGUUGGAAACUGA